CUCUCAUCUCCCUGAAGAGGUCUGGGUGAAAUCGUCGCAUACUUGCAGCUAUCAGAAUAGAGUAGAGCGCCCCCUAUAAGAGGAAUGGAGGACACCUCCCGACACGAGUUUCCGUUCCUAGAAGAGGUUUACACCCCGGAGCAGCCAAAAGUCGAUGUGGUCUUCGUACAUGGUUUGAAUCCGCGAGGCAAAAGCGACCACCCUUUCGAAACAUGGCGGCACGAGAAUGGGAUCUUCUGGCCGCGGGACUAUCUGCCUCAGGAUAUCCCCCAGGCCCGCAUUUUUGUUUACGGGUAUAAUUCCACCAUCACGAAUCCCCAGAGCAUGUCGACAGCCAGUGUCAAGGAUCAUGCGAAUACGUUGCUGAAUCUACUGGACCUGGAGCGGAGUCCACAAUUGAAUGUGCGACCGCCCAAGAUCAUCUUCAUUGGACAUAGUCUAGGUGGCUUGGUUAUCAAACAGGCCCUGCUGAAUGCGCAUGAAGACCCCAAGUACACGUCUAUUCGCAACAACACUUGUGGCCUGGUAUUCUUUGGCUGUCCGCACCGGGGCACCAAAGGGGUCGAGCUGGGCAAGAUAGCAGCGAAAGUGGCACGGUUUGUUGCCAAGGGACAUGCCAGUAACGAUCUGCUCGAUUGUCUGGAGCACAAUUCGCUAUUCACUCGGCAGAUGACAAGCCGGUUUUCACACCAGUUGGAAGAUUAUCGAGUGGUGAGCUUCGUGGAAGGCAAAGAGGUCUUCUUGGGCGGUGCCGGACCGGCAUCCGUGAGCCAUUUAGUGGUGGAUGAAGAAUCGGCCGUGCUUGGACUCCCCGGACAGCGGGAGACGCGGUUGAAGCUGGAUGCCGACCAUUCCCAGAUGUGCAAAGUCGGCAGCCGGGGCCCGAUGUACAAGUUAAUCAAGGGCAACAUCAAGCAAAUUGCUGACCAGGUCCUUAUCGCUGAUCAAGGAUACAUCCCGCAGCCGUCCACGUCCUCCCACCCGGCGCCUCCCUUGCCCCCGCGCCUACCAGUGAAUAGCAGCAUCCCGUACCCGGCACCGGUCACGCCCCAGCCCACGACCAAGCGAGUGAUCGGUGUUCUUUACACCGCCGUCGACAGCGAUGCCCGAUCGAUCCAAGCAGCGGAGCAUAAGAAUAACUGGCGAUGGGACGAGGCGCGGAGGUUAGAGUAUGCCAUCUUCCAGGAACAUCUGCGAUCGCUCGGGGCCGACCACCACAGCACCCUGGAGAUCGGCUACAAUCUGGCGGAAAUCGACCUUGAAUCCGGCUAUUUCUCCAAAGCAUACGAGUGGGCACAAUGGGUUGCUUCCAACAGCCAGCGGGUGUUCGACAAGCGACAUCCUCUGGCGAUGAAGGCAGAGAGUCUCAUUGGCGAGAUCCUCUGCCAUCAGGGUAAAGGCCAGGAAGCCGAGUCCGUAUGCGCAAACGUCCUUGCUCGCCAGCAAAUGACCAUCGGAGAAGACGCCCUCGAUACCUUGGCAACCCGUCGUCGCUUGGCUGCUGCGUACAACGUUCUGGAACGGCGGCAGGAGGCCGUGCAGGCAUCGGAAAAGGUUACCGAGCGUCUGCGCCAGUUGUUGGGGCCCAACCACAUCCGGGUGUACUCAUCCAUCCUCGACACGGCCGAACAGAUGCUGUCAUGCCGAUCCAACGACACCAAAGAAUUGGUGGUGAUGCGGUUUAACCCGGAAUUCGACCAACUGGUGCAGGUGGUCGCACAGAUCUCCCGCGAACUGACCGAACUCCUUGGACCCCGCCAUCCCCUGAGCAUCCGUGGCCUACGACUGCAAGGGGGGGUUCAGAUGCUGGACCCCGACGGCACCACGACGGCUUCGGAAACUUUCCGUCGCGCGCUGGCUAGUGCGGAGGAGUACCUUGGUCCCGACCAUCCCGAAACCAUGAACAUCGUAGCCCUGAUGGGGGUGAUGUACGCGACGCAAGGGCGCCUCGGAGGGAUCUGGGCCCCCCACCACCAAUCGAACACGGAUCUGGCGACUCCGUGGCUGGUCCGGUAUCUCAACUGGGCGGAGAGUCGCAUGGGGGCGGGGUGUCCCGAGGUGCAGUCCACGCUGAACAUGCUGGCCAAGAUGUACAUGGAGGGGAGGAACUAUGUGGAAGCGCAGGGGUACUACGAGCGGUUAGUGGCCUCGUACCAACAAGGUCAGACGGUGGUGCCACAAGAGGUGCAAACGAUGCUGCAGUUGUGUCGAAUGAACACGCGAUAUUUGACACCGCAGCGGAGUACAGGACUACAGAGUUUGUUGUCGUCAUUUCAACGGAUGUGAUUUGAUUGUUAUCAUUAUCGUCAUUGCAUAGCAUAUAAUAUUUAUCCCGGCUCCACCACAUAUCCAUACCAUCACGGAACGGGAAGCGUCU